CGCGGCCAGGUCCGACCCUCCGGCCCCGCCAUGGGCUCCCUGGGGCGCUGCCUGGCCCGGAGCCUGCUGCGGGGGCAGCCGGGUCUGAGCCGCCCCCCCGGGCCCCGCUGCUACGGCUCCGGUGAGACACGGCUCCGUCCUGCCCCCGGCCCCAUCCCCGUCCUGUCCCUGGGGACCCUGUCCCCAUCCCUCUGCUGCCCCCAGCCCCUUCCUUACCCUGCCCCUGGGGACCCAGUCCCGAUCCCUGUCCUGCUCCUGGGCACCCUAUCCCCAUCCCAUCCUGUCCUCAUCCCGUCCUGUCCCCAUCCCAUCCUGCCCGUCCUGCCCCUCGGGGCUCCUGUCCCCAUCCUGUCCCCGUGGUGGGCACUGCCCCAUCCCCUCCCAGUGCCCCCCGUCCCCCAGCACCCCGUCCCUCCUCCCCGGGCACAGCACCCCAGGCAGGGUGUCUGACUCAUGGGAUCCUUCGCUCCUUUGUGGUGUGGGUGAGUGCCGGGGUCUCAUCCCACGUGUCGGGAUGGGGCAGAGGCUGGAGCUGGUGGCUCCCCGGCACCGUCCCGUGGGUCCCGAGGGGUCUGGUGUCCCCAGGGCCGGGAUGUGACAACCCCUGUGCCAUCCCCAGGGUGGGAGCCAUGCAAAGCCAGGCUGCAUCCAGCAACACCCAAAAAAGCGGGGGAAACCCUGGGGUCUGCCCCCACCGGCACUGGGGCUGGCCCAGCCUCGCAGCCCAGGGCAGGACCCCGAAACCUGGGGCUGGCAGCAAAGCACCCCGGCUUGGCCUCCUGUCCCCCUCUCCCUCCCUCUCCUUCCUGUCCUGUUCCUCCAGCGGAUGGGACGCGCUGUCCCUUGGGGGACUUCUGUCCCCUCCUGCCAGCAUGGCUCCGGCAGGGCCAGCGGCAGGGCCGAGCGGGGUGGCCGCGAUGCCGGACCCUGCCGUGCCAUGGGUGGCAGCCAUGCCAGACCCUGCUGUCCCACGGUGCCACAGGUGACGGUGAUGCUGGACCCUGCUGUGCCACAGUCCACGGCCCCCCCAGAGCUGCAGGAGAAGACGCUGGUGCUGGUGAAGCCGGACGCGGUGCAGCGGCGGCUGGUGGGGAACGUCAUCCAGCGCUUUGAGCGGCGCGGCUUCAAGCUGGUGGCCAUGAAGCUGCUGCAGGCGGACCAGGGUCUCCUGGACAAGCACUACCAGCAGCUGCGGCAGAAGCCCUUCUACCCCGCGCUCCUCGCCUACAUGACCUCGGGGCCGCUGGUGGCCAUGGUGUGGGAGGGUUACAACGUGGUCAGGUCCACACGGGCCAUGGUGGGGGACACCGACUCGGCGGCGGCGGCGGCGGGCACCAUCCGGGGGGACUUCAGCAUGCACGUCAGCAGGAACGUGGUCCAUGCCAGUGACUCGGUGGAGACGGCGCAGAGGGAGAUCGGCUUCUGGUUCCAGCGGGACGAGCUGGUGGCCUGGGAGAGCGGAGACCGGGACUACACCUACGGACCCUAGGGCGGCCCCGGCCGGGACGGACCCCCGGCCCCCGGCAGGACCCCCCAGCCCCACAGUAAAGCCCAGUGCCACCA